AUGGCUGACUCUGGCAGAUCAAAGUUCCCACGGCUGGACGAGCCUACGAGCGACUUGGGGCGCUUGUAUGAGCGGGCAUUGAGUGAGGCAAGUGUGCAGCUUGCGGGUCAGGCUACCUUGAAGUUACCCUGGGAGAAGGGCAUUUAUGCCGAGAUUUUCAGUGGUAGCGAGCUGCCUAGGAUGCCUACCUUACCUGUGCCUGCUACACUUCCAGUCGUAGAUGUUGCAAGACCUGGGACCCAGCACAGCGAAGCCUUGAAGCAGACAUCAGAUCCUCUGCCAAAAUUCGAGAGUGCAGUCUACAAGCACUGUCUGCAUAAAUCAACUAUUGCUGCUGGCGGGAGACCCGGGACAGAUCGAGAUGCCGUCUACAGGCGCUGGCUUUGUAUCUUGGGCCAUAAUCUUGCUGGCUCUAAGAUUGGAGAGUACAUUGCUGAUGGUGCCGAAGACCCUCUUGUUUUGAUUGCGGACACCUUUGGAGGGAAAAGUACGAGCACCUUGCUUAAGAGAGCCAGGUUUGUCGCCCGGAUGCUUACGUGGGCGUCUGAGCAUAGUCAGACGUUUUUUCCGCUGCGGCUUGGACCAUUGCUUUCAUUCAUGCGCAGUUUGGCAUCAGAGAGUGCCAAGGCCCAGUGUGGAGAGACGAUCAAUUUCCUUGUGCAUGUCCUUGGUGUGCAUGUCGAUCUGGAUAUUUUGAAGCAUCCUGUAAUCCAAGGGCUUCUACGGGGGUCUCGGUCAACAGGGAAAGAGAUCAAGCAGUCCAGGGUACUCACUGUCCGGGAAGUUAUGGCGCUCGAAGAUAUGCUCAGUGAUGCAUCCCUUGAUCCUGUUGAUCGAUAUGGUGCAGGAGUUUUUCUCUUCCAGAUUUACAGCCGGGCACGAGUGUCCGACAUCAGGAACAUCCAUCGCUUUGAGCUCGACCUGAGUGGAGAUGACGGAUACCUUGAGGCGAAAACGAUGGACCACAAGAAUGCGACCAGAGGACGUGGGCUGGGGCAGAGCUUGAUUCUCGUUGCUCCGGUUCAGGGCCUGCGGGAUAAGGCGUGGGGUAUCCAGUUCAUCGAGGUUGCAAAGAUGGUUGGGUUCAACCUUCGACAGGGGCAUCGUGGACCUUUAUUACCUAGACUUACUGCCGAGGGUCAGUGGUCAGGGGAGGCGAUCGGGUCUGAUGAGACUACAUCGUGGCUCAACGGUCUGUUGAAUCGCGCUAUGAGUGAGCAGAUUGCGUCAGGGCUAACAUCCCAUGGAUUAAAGGCAACAACCCUCUCCUGGAUGACGAAGGCCGGGUAUCCCGAAAAGUCUUGCCUCAUUUUGGGACAUCACGCGAGAGCGGGCAAGAAAACUCUUUACACAUACGGCAGAGACGUGCAAGCCAAACCAUUACGUGAACUACAAGAUUGCAUUCGUCUCAUCAAGCGUAAUGUGUUUGCUCCGGACUCGACUCGAAGUGGCAUGUUCAAAUCAGGCGAGAGCAGACAUGAAUCAAAGGCUGAGGUUACAGAUCCUCUCAUUCUCGCUGCUGAACAGUUCCGGUUUGGCGAUCCUGAUGAAAUCAUUGACACUGGAGGCGAUGUCGGAAGUGAACACGAGCCCUUGCUCGAGGAAGGAAAGCCGGCUGACAAUUGUGAUGCUGAGCCUGAGCAGGAUGCUGAGGAUUCCGACUCGAGUACCUCUAGUUCUUCAGGUUCCUCUGAUGACAAUGCCGAAGCUUAUGAGAGUUUCGCCAGUGAUGCUGCCCUUGAUUGUGCUGUGCCUCACUUAAACAAAGAGGUGGACUUGGACCUAGUGGUCUUCAUUGAGGAUGGCGAGGGCUAUGGGUUGGGCGAGGGCUUCGGGCCUGCACAGCACAUUGUGCUUGCGCUCGCAGUUUACUAUCGUCUACUUUGUGAUGGGCUGGGCGAGGGCUUCGGGCCUGCACUGCACUUUGCCGUGUUCUUGGAAAGAUGUGAGACGGCCGGAUUGCCAACGCCGAUUCGGGACAUCUUGGUUGGCAAGAAUCUCAGUACCUUGGCAGGUCUCGCAUUCGCAGCGGGGCAGCCGGGGGAAACACCGAGUGAUGCAGCGCUUACCGGCCUGGCGAGAUCCGGCACGGAGGAAGUUCCAAUAGCGACCCUAGCCUCCUUGAGGCGGUUGGUGUUUGAAGCGCAGCUCCUCAUGACCGCGCAGGUGAAGAUGCUGAUCGAGCAUCGUGCCGAUGACCAAAAGGCGGAAUUAGCACCCGCAGAAAGAUCGGAGCGAAUCCAGAAGCAGAGCGAGCGCCUGGCCGGUGUUGCACUCCGCAACGAGUCAGAGUGCUCCUAUGGGUCAUAUGAUUUGGUCAUGAAGAUGGUCCAGGAGAACUGUGUCUCCUAUUUGUCUCCAGCUAGGUUUCCGUCUCGGCAGGCCGAACUUCGUCUGGAGAAACCUCGAAAGGAGCUUGAUGUGGUCAACUCAAAAAUCACUUUGAAGGACCAGGCAGUCGAUCUUCAAUGCCAGCUUCACACGCCGCUGUGCCUGCAUCAUGCUCUUCAUCGACGGGCACUUGCAAUGGAUCUCGUUGGGGUAGCCAGCUACAGUGUGAGCAUGGAAUUUCACGAGUACUUGAUGUCACACCUUACCAUGGAGCCACCGCCUGGCUAUCAUCAAGUCACACUGCAUCAGGUUCUAGCAGCUGACCGAGCCGCUUGGUUGCGACUCGCGGAGAAACUUCCUAAAGGGCUUCGUGCUGGUCCCGAUGGGAAACUCCCGCUGGAUGUCGAGCUCCCGAAAUUGCAGGGCGACCCGAAAGUGGCUUUUCAUCUCUUACCUCUGGGACCUUCUGCUUCAUCAUCCGGGAAGCGUUCGAUGGAUGGCGACCAGGGCCAGAGCAACGAUUCGAAGAUCCAAAGGACUGGAGGCAAGGGUAAAGGGAAGGGCAAAACCAAAACUAAAGUUAAGUCUAUGCCUGUGUCCCUCAAAGACAAGUGGUCGCGAACCAAACGCGGUGUUCCGAUAUGCUGGGCCUUCAACACGGAAGAGGGCUGUAGCUCAGCUCCAGCUGGAGGCAGAUGCCCGAGGGGUGUCCACCUUUGCGCUGAACCUAACUGUCAAAAACCCCACUCGAUCGUCAAUCAUGCGAAGGUUGCCAGUGGGUGA